AUGGGCCGUCUCCGAAGAAGUCGAACGCACAGUUCCGCGAAAUCACAGAUCAAGAGUCGGAAGACGAAGCGAUAUACGAGAGACUUGGACCAGAUCGCGCUCGACAUGGAGCUUGCCCAAGCGAUCCGAGCCGUCAAACCGCCGAAAUCUGAGCUCGAUUCUUCCUUCGUCGUCCCUCAAAACUUCGGAUCAACCUCUCACCCUACAGUGACUGGUGACGUGGAUGAAGAUACGUCCGGAUGCGGCAAGUUUCCUUGUGUCGAAUGUGCUAGGUUCUUCGUGGAUUCAAGAAGUUUAACCGAACACCAAAGAGGAAAGGUUCACAAACGCAGGGUUAAAGAGCUCGCCGCUGGUCCCUAUAGCCUGGAAGAAGCCAUGCGAGCUGCUGGACUCGGAACGGAUAACCGGCAACGUCCAGCCCCCGACCUGAUGGUCACUUAA